AUGUAUCUGAUUCAAGGCAACCUCUCACGACCCUCCUUCCUACAUGCUUUGAUUAUCCCGCUCAAGAAAAAAGAAGAUUUGAAAGACGCAAUGGACUCAAACAGUCAAACAGGAUGCACAAACGGCCGUGAAGUGAUGAAAAUUGAGAUGAAGAAUCUGGCAAUCUCAGCUUCAGCUGAAGCAGAAUCAGGUGUGGCAAUGGAAAUGAGUCGAGUUUUAUUGCUCUUAGACUUCGAUAGCGUUUAUGACACAGUAUCAUGA